AUGCUUUCACUACUCUCUGAAGUGUAUAAUAGUGCUAAAGAACUCUUUUUAAAUACACAAAGAUUUGCAAAUUCUCAAGGUUAUAUUCUAAUUAAAAAAAGAACUCAAAAAGAUAACUAUGGAGAAUUAAAGAAUAUGUUACUACAAUAUGAUUAUAGUAGUGUUUACCAUAGCUUCUUAGAACUUAAUAAAGAAUCAAACUACUAUAAUCAAGGUUACUCAAAUAACAUAGCAGGAUAUCCCAAUGUUCAUCAAUUUAUAAAACAACAGAUUGAAACUGUUGCAACUAUGACUACUACUAGUUCGAGACCUCGAGAAAUUAUAUCAACUCUUCGUCAUAACAACUCAGAAAUGCUUAUUACUAAUGUUAAUAUUUAUAAUGCAUGUGCAUGA